AUGUCUCGACUUUGCGCUCAGAAAACUCUAUCCUCUAGAAUCAGUCCAGCUAUUGGGAGAGUGCUGCCAUGCAGCCCGAUAGCAUCAUGGACAACACCGCGGUCGAGGUUCUCCACCUCUGCUCGGCGCCCGUUGAUGGAAUUGACGGGGUUCACUGAAGAGCAGUUAACCAUUCGGGAAGCGAUUUCAGCCAUUUGCUCCAAGUUUCCCAACACAUAUUGGCAAGAGUGCGACCAAAAUGAACGCGAUCCUAAGGAGUUCCAUGCCGCGUUGGCCAAGGACGGAUGGCUAGGGAUUGCGCUUCCCGAAGAGCUCGGGGGAGCUGGGCUCGGUAUCUCUGAAGCAACAAUGAUGAUGCAGACCAUCACACAAUCUGGUGCUGGAAUGGCCGGGGCUCAAUCCAUUCAUGCAAAUGUGUAUGCCACGCAACCUCUGGCGAAGUUCGGCACCAAACAACAACUCGAAGAGACUAUCCCAAAAAUCAUUAACGGCACCUGGAGGACAUGCUUUGGCGUCACAGAACCGAACACCGGUCUGGAGACGUUAAAGCUGAAGACCCUGGCCACUAAGAACCCUGAGAAGCAAACCUACUCAAUCUCAGGCCAGAAGAUCUGGAUUACUUGCGCACAGGUUGCCUCAAAAAUGAUCCUCCUGGCGCGAACAACGCCUUUGGAGGAAGUAAAAAAGUCAAGUCAAGGUCUCUCAUUAUUCUGUAUCGACAUAGACCGGAGUAAGUCCGGACUGGAUAUGCGUAAAAUCAAGAAGAUGGGAGGCCGUGCGGUCGACGCCAACGAGGUGUUUUUCGACAACUACGAAAUCCCGGACAGCACCUUGAUCGGUCAAGAGAACGAGGGAUUCAAGAUAAUCCUCCAUGGCAUGAAUGCGGAGCGAUGUCUUCUGGCCGGUGAGGCGUUGGGUCUCGGUUACGCUGCUUUGGAACGCGCUGCACAGUACGCAAGCGAUCGGGUAGUUUUUGGGAGACCGAUCGGACAAAACCAAGGCAUUGCGCAUCCACUAGCGGACGCAUAUAUGCAAUUAGAAGCGGCUAAGCUGGCGACAUACCAUGCGGCGCGCUUGUACGAUGCCUCCAAAACGGAUGAUUCCAUUCCGUUCCACUCUGUGGGUGUGGCGUGCAAUAGCGCCAAAUAUCUUGCUGCGGAAGCGGCAUUUAAAGCGUGCGAACGGGCAGUUCUCAGUCAUGGAGGAAUGGGCUAUGCGAUGGAGUAUGAUGUGGAGAGGUAUUUGAGAGAGUGUCUAGUGCCCCGAAUUGCACCAGUAAGUCGGGAGAUGAUUUUGAACUAUGUGAGCGAGAAGGUGCUCCAACUACCGCGCAGUUACUAG